CCUGUCAGGUGGCCCGUUUUGAUAGUGCGGGGCAGGACAAUUGCCUGCUGCCUUAUUUCUUAGACAUCGAGGGGAGUGGGUCACCUGGAAAUCCCCUCUCCAGGUGUGUGCAAUUUACUGAGUGCCAUACAGUAGAAACAAUUGGGUGCUCCUUGGUUGAGGAAAUAUUUUUAGUGUUGAAGAGCUGUGAGUGCCCUGCAGUUUAAGACAGGUGGCAAUAUCGGCUAAGAGGAGACUAUUCCCUGUGUGGUGUCAAAAGAGCAAGGAUUGGACCUAUCCCAUGAGAAGAGAGAUGCAGGAAAUUUUACCUGGGUUAUUUUUAGGCCCAUAUUCUUCAGCUAUGAAAAGCAAGCUACCUAUACUUCAGAAACAUGGAAUAACCCAUGUAAUAUGCAUACGGCAAAAUAUCGAAGCAAAUUUUAUUAAACCAAACUUCCAACAAUUAUUUAGGUAUUUAGUCUUGGAUAUUGCAGAUAAUCCAGUUGAAAAUAUAAUACGAUUUUUCCCUACGACGAAAGAAUUUAUUGAUGGAAGUUUACAAACCGGAGGAAAAGUUCUUGUCCAUGGAAAUGCAGGGAUUUCUAGAAGUGCUGCCUUAGUUAUUGCAUACAUUAUGGAGACGUUUGGGGUGAAGUACAGGGAUGCAUUUACUUAUGUUCAAGAAAGAAGAUUCUGUAUUAAUCCUAAUGCUGGAUUUGUCCAUCAACUUCAGGAAUAUGAAGCCAUCUAUCUAGCAAAAUUAACUAUCCAGAUGAUGUCACCACUGCAGCUGGAGAGAUCGCUCUCUGUUCCACCUGGUACUACAGGAAGUUUGAAGCGAACACAUGAGGAUGAGGAAGAGUUUGGAAAUAUGCAAGUGGCAGCAGCACAGAAUGGGUGACGUAGGGCACCACUAUUCAUAGAGAUUGUGAAUUCCUGCAGUGGAAGUGAAGAAAACUAGAAAAGAUAAAUUAACACAACCAUGAACACACCCAGAGCUUCUUUUCAAAUACAUGUUGCUUCCAGAUGUAAAUCUGCCUCUGCAACACAUUAAGCAACAUUUUAAUAUGUUGGACUUCCUGAAUGAAUAGAUGGCACUGAUUGUUUUACUCCUUUUUUACACUUUACAGUUUUAUUCUAUACCAAGAUUUUUGGACUUGCAAAGAGGUAUUAUUGCAAUAAUGCACUUUUCAUACUUGAAAUUUCUUUAUUUGUAUGAUAUAAAGUUAUUACUUUAAAGAAAAUGCAAGCUGGGGGGAUUUGUUUAUAAAGUUAUUUGUGUAAUUUAUAACAAGAGACUUUAGUAAAGAAAAGUUUGCUAAAAUUCACUGUGUUCUAAGUAUACAUUGCAACUUAGUUACUCCACUUUUAGAAAUAUACAAAAAGUGGAAAUAUAUCCUGUUUUUACAAACUUCCAUAUACCUUCUGCUGUUAGCAGUUGAAACCUCCCCAAUUAUCUGAACAGCAUCGACUCAUUAUCUUCACAAUAAAACCCCAUUAUGUACCAAUUUA